UCGCUGCGACGCACAAAUAAAGCUGAACAACCAAUCUACAAACAAUAUCAGUUGCUUGCCAGGCGUGGAACGUAUCGGAAAUCGGAAAACCUGAAUAGAAAAUGAUGUUGAUAAAAAGUGUCCGUUUGUUGUUGUUGUUGUCGCUACUGUGUUUUGUGGGCGUGGCCCAGAUUAGGGCGCAGACAGAAACGGAGACGUAUCGAAAGCGCCCCAUUACGGAGACGUGUUUGCUUUGCAUGUGUGAGGCACUGAGUGGUUGCAAUGCGACGAGUAUCUGUGUGAAUGGGGCAUGUGGCAUAUUUCGCCUUACCUGGGAUCAAUGGGUGGACUCUGGACGUCCAACGGUGGCAGGGGAUUCCCCCCUAUCAGAUACCUCAUUCACAAACUGCGCUAGUGAUCCAUAUUGUGCGGCGGAUACGCUACAAAACUAUAUGUUCAAAUAUGGGCAGGAUUGUAAUGAGGAUGAGCAGGAGGAUUGCUAUGACUAUGCGGCCAUACACUAUAUGGGCCCGUUCAAUUGCAAAGCCGAUAUGCCCUACAACUUCGAGAAUAUAUUCAGAAUAUGCAUCGAAACAGCCCAGCGACAAUAACAACACUAGUCGAAUUUAUUAGCUUGUAACUAUUUAUUCCAGACAAAGUACAGUCGAUUAUGUAUAUAUCCAUAUACAAGUGGGAUUUUCCAUCCAAUAAAAUACACAAUUGUUACCAGUUUUGAAUUUGAUCUUCUUUUAAAAUAAUCAAUGCAAGCAAAGUGACUCAGUCGUGCUCAAAGCGUGGCGGAGUCAACACAGCUCAACAGCUCGGAUAACCUGAGACGCCUAUAAAAUAAUAUUAAUAUUAUAAAAAAUUAAAUAAAUAAUUAAAAUGUUUA